AUGUCCGGUUCCCCUUCGCCUGAAAGUCGUUUCGAUCCACUUCUCAGAGACAGGCGCCGAAGGGGUUCUGAUUCACUCAUCCCGUCUCCUGUUCGCGGCAAUGUACAGCCGCUUUUAUCUUACGCGGAACCUCCAGCAACAUCCCCGGGGCCGGAUGCUCCUCUCCCCGAUUCGCGACGGCUAUCCGCUGGGCAACCGGCCAUGUCUGUCAUAGGCCUACCCGCAAUCGAUGACACUCAACUCCGGCAUACACUUCAGACUGGGCCUCUCCUACCCCCAAGGGCCUCGCCACUUCCACCCAGAUCCACACGUAGAGCAAAAGCUCAUGUUGCAUCAGCAUGCGUGAACUGCAAGCGGAAACAUCUUGGAUGCGACUCUGCGCGACCAUGCCGAAGAUGUAUUUCAGCUGGUAAAGAGGAAUCUUGUGUGGAUGUGAGACACAAACGAAGAGGCAGACCCCCUUUGAAAGCUGAAGAGGGACCCAUACAGACAUACGAACCGACAUAUAGCUAUCCAGGAGCAUCUCACCCUCAGCCUGAGAGUUCCUCGCCAGUACCUCCGUUCUACGGACACAGACGAACUUCUUCCUCACGUGAAAUUCGCCCUAAUACGGAAUUACAAGUGUCAAGGAGAUCUAGUGAAAUUGGGAGUGAAUAUGGGCGGCUAAUGGCUGUUUCUGCGAUGCCUAACCCCCAAAUGUGGGCUCCUGUGACUCCGUUACGAACAAUGCAUACAUCACCAUCUAUUUCAAAUGCCUUUCCAGGCCAAAUGUCGUUUCCCAGUAGUUCUCAGCAAUCACAUGCUCAUAACGUCCCCCUAUUUUCGGCUGGAGCAGGGUCAUCCUCGGCAUAUAUACCGGAUUAUCGCGAUAUGACAAGAUCUGUACAUCCUUUCCCUGAUGAAAGGAUACCGCCGAAUCAGUCUCCUCGCCAAUACCAACGACCCCAUAUCCCCCCGCUUCCUAGGGGGUCUACCUAUUUUUCGGGGCCGGGAUCUCCGCAUGGUCCGCUGUCAAGUCCCCCCUUAUCAGCUUCCAGCAGUGCGCGGAAUUAUCCGUUCCCGGGCCCUGGCCAAUCCCAAAUACUGCUACCGCCUCUUAUACCGUCAAAAACGGGGUCAGAUUUUGAGUUUGAGUUUUCUCAGAGCAGUCGACGACCACCUGGAGCACUUCCACCAUCCCUGCCGUCAAUACAGUCAGGGAGGCCGAACCUUAGCCGUGUUGAACAUGCAAAAGAGUUGGAAGACCCUCGUCCUCUUCCAGCACACCCUCCCUUUCAGCCUACCACAUUUUCCUCCGGGCCGCCUAUUCGUGGCUUAUUGGAUCCAUAUCGCCCCUUACCAGUGCCUCCACAGCCGUUGCCACAUGGAAAAACCACUCCACAGGGGCAAUUGAGCACUUCGGCUUCACAUAAUCUGGCGCCAACGCUAGACGAUGAAAGCUCACCAGCAAUGGGAAGGGAAAGAGGGUCACCAUCAAGACCCGUAAAAAGGCAGAAGAUGGCUCUGGGAGAUAUGGUCAAUGACUAG